UCGGGAGGCUAACCACCACCUUAACUAAUAAGAUACAGUGUAGAAGCACUUGCCAGUUGAUUGAUCAGUUAUUAUAUACGAACCUAACGCAAAACCCCAGCCAUCGUCCAGACUUCGCUGGUCGGCCGCCGCUUAAGCCUCCAACCCGAUUGAAACUCCUGAAGGCGGAAAAAAUCAGGGAAAAGAUAGGAAAAAAUCAACGAAAACAAAGGGAAGGAGGAAAAAUUAAAAGAUGGAAUAUGCAUCACAUAGAAGGCCUCUUGGAAGCUCCCUUUGAUACAAUUUCCCCCUUAUCCUUUGUGACACUUACGGACGGUAUUAUGAGGCCUCUAAAAUUUUGUUCUUCACUCUCGAGAAAAUGGUUAGGAACUAAUAUCGGAUCUUCUCAACUUAAGUGCACAGAUCGUUCCCUGAGAUCAUUAGGCAAACGGUGUCUUCUAUUGCAUUUAGCAUAAGAUUUUGAGAAUAGUUAAUGGAAGGCAACCUGGAAGAAAAUAGAGAAGCUGAGGGCGAAGAAGAGUAUCUCUUACUUGACUUGGAUGAAGUUUGUGUGCAUGGUGAUAUUCCAGCCAAUGCUCCCUAUGUCCUAUCUGGUUUGGACACUCUGAAUCCCAUUUUGGUCAUUGGCGACCGCUUGAAACUGAUUGGUGAGUACCAAGAAACAAUUGGAACAUGCUUUGUGUUUUCUGAAAGUGAUGCAGUGCUGCAUCAGGUGACAGGAUCUUCCGAGACAAAUCUCUUAAAGGAUAAAUGCAUUAUGGAUUCAAAUGAAGCUUCCUUCAAGCAUGUAAAGUCAAUUGCAAAGCUUCAUAAAGUUCUCAAAUUUAAGCUAGCAACUGAUGAUCAAAAUCAAAUAACUGAGAAAUCCAAUGUGAAUAAAUUGUAGUAUUUUUAUCUUAUUGUACAUAGCAAUCUUAUUAGUUUGCAAGAGAAACGAACGAAAGGAAAUGAAGACAUAUUCUGACAUCACUGCUUCUAUUUUUAUUAUUGCUUCUAGAAAAAUUAUAAGAUUUCUAAAACAUCAUUUAUUUUCUA